AUGAUUACAAACAUCCCGGAAGACUCGUUGAGGAAUCUUACACAGCUGACGACCUUAAAUCUGAGAUCCAACAUGUUGCGUGAUUUACCAGGGUCGAUAUUCCGUGACCUUGCGAAGCUCAAAUCAUUCAACGCAGGUCACAAUGAGCUAUCAACGCUUCCCAGGCAAUUGUUUCAUGGUUUAAACAACCUCCAAGAAGUUUAUCUCGACAACAAUGCACUCGAGAACAUCCCUGAGGAUUUAUUUCAAAAUUUACCGUCGCUUAAGCGAUUGCAUUUGCACUUCAAUAAACUGAAGACAUUUCCCGGGAAUGCUUUCCUUGGAACGCUGUCGUUACAAGGUUUGUCACUUGCAAACAACUUUUUGGCAGCUAUUCAAGAUGAAACAUUCAGAAAUCAAAGAUGUCUCAGCAGACUCAAUCUAGCAUGGAACAGAAUAUCCCGCAUAGGGGUAAAUUUAUUUAACGGGCUGGGUUCGUUAACAUCACUGAGGUUGGAAAAUAAUAACAUGACAUCAAUUCCACAGGGAGUGUUCAGAGGACUGAAGCCAGGAACAGUCGUUUUUCUUAACGGUAAUCCCUUUUACUGUGACUGUAAAUUGCGGUGGUUGAAGCACUGGCAGCGGACAAAGGCCAAAUACACUCAGUCCAGCUCUAGAUCAAGACCAACCUGCUCUCAGCCAAACCGUUUCCAAAAUAAGCCCCUUUUGUACGUACGUGAUGACCAGUUUGUCUGUGUCGAGCGACAGUGGACAGAAUGGAGCCCUUGGAAUGCCUGCAGUGUAACUUGUGGCACUGGAACACAAGUCUCGAUUCGACGUUGUAAAGAUCACCAAUCAGGGAGAAAGGGAGAGAAAUGUAACGGAGAGAGUAUUAGAACAAAGAGCUGCCAUAGUUUUGACUGUGGAGCAAGCUGGACCAGUUGGUCAGAAUGGAGCGAAUGCAGCAAAACCUGUUCAUCUGGGAAUAAAGUAAGAAAAAGAUCUUGCCAAAAUUCUCUCACCUUGGAAAACAGCGACAACUGUGAGGGAUUGUUCCUGGAGACACGCUCCUGCAGCCGAAGGCCUUGCAAAGUUGAUGGUAAAUGGGGGACGUGGUCUAGAUGGUCUUCGUGUAGUGUAACCUGCUCCUGGGGUACCAGACUAAGGACAAGGAGAUGUGAUAACCCACGACCCCAGUACGGCGGGAAGCCGUGUCCUACAUCUGAGAGGAGUAUUGAAAGAGAAACAUGCUACAUAGGACUCUGUCCCAUUCAUGGCAGGUGGUCUGCUUGGUCGAGCUGGUCCCAGUGCACCACUACAUGUUUCACCAAGGGUCGAGCUACAGGUACACGGAAAAGAAACAGAGUCUGUAAUAAUCCAGUUCCUCAGUAUGGUGGGACUUUCUGCAAUGGAAAUGCAACACAACAGGAAAAUUGCAACUCACAAGCAUGCCCCGUUCAUGGCGGAUGGACAGAUUGGUCGGAUUGGUCUGUAUGUUCAGUGACUUGCUCCCAAGGAAUACAAGUGCGGUUUAGAACUUGCAGUAACCCAUCACCGCAACAUGGUGGCCAGAAUUGUUCAGGGAAUUCUUCUGAUUUAAGAAACUGCGACUCUGGGCCAUGCCCUGUUCACGGAAACUGGGCGGCAUGGUCACAAUGGAGUGAUUGUAGCAAGACAUGCUCUCAUGGGACGAAAUCCCGUAAAAGAACAUGUAGUAAUCCUUACCCACAGUUUAAAGGUAGACAAUGCUCUGGCCAAUCCACAGAAAUCCAACUCUGCCAUGCAAGCCCUUGUCCUAUCCAUGGUAAAUGGUCAGCCUGGUCUGAAUGGUCAGAUUGUAGUAGCAGCUGUUCCAGAGGUAAAAUAUCUCGGACAAGAACUUGUACUAACCCUUCCCCCUCCAACGGAGGUGAAACAUGCAUAGGGAACAACACUGAAACAACAUGGUGCCGGAUAAUACCAUGCCCUACUCAUGGAGGGUGGAGUGACUGGACUAACUGGACAAGAUGCACCAAGAGUUGUGGCAAUGGAAUAACGUCAAGAUACAGGAAAUGUGAAAAUCCUCACCCUCAACAUGGAGGAGGAAACUGUAUUGGAGAUAAGCAGCAGAGUAAACAUUGCUCUCAACAAGUCUGUCCUGUGGUUGGACAAUGGACAGAGUGGUCAAACUGGACGGAUUGUAGUAAAACAUGUGAUGUGGGGCAGCAGACAAGAACAAGAUCGUGCAAAAGUCCAAAUGACAGGUCUGUUCAAAGCGCAAGGGACAGUGACUGUACUGGCAAUGAAACUGAGAUGAGGGUAUGCUCUCAACGCCCUUGUUCUGAUCCAACUAGAUGGAAUAUGUGGUCAAGCUGGUCACGAUGUUCCGUUAGUUGUGGGCUUGGAAAACAGCACAGAGUUAGGAAUUGCAGCACAAGAGAAGGAGAUGUUUGUGUUGGUCCAUUUAUGCAGCUUAAAAGCUGCUACCAUAAUAACUGUCCAGUGAAUGGUGGAUGGAGCAACUGGUCUAACUGGACAAAAUGCUCGUCCUCUUGUGGCUUAGGAAUCCAGGUAAAGUUUAGAUUCUGCAUCAAUCCCAAACCUCAGUUUGGAGGUAAGAGUUGUUAUGGUGAAAAUGUCCAGUUUAACAGUUGCAAGAUAGCCAAGUGUAGAGAGGAAAGCCAUCAACAUGAUUCCUUUUGGUCUUCUUGGACAGGCUGGUCUCAGUGCUCUACUACAUGUUCUAAAGGAUACCAGACUCGUUCGAGGUAUUGUAGAAAGUAUCAAAGUCCACUUCAUCUUGGCAACUGUUCAGGAGCUACAGGACCAGUUCAAAUAGAGACCAAGAUCUGCCAAAUGAAGCCUUGCUCAACAUGGAGCAGUUGGUCCAUAUGGGAGGCUUGUAGCCAAUCAUGUGGUGGAGGUAGGCAAAAGCGAGUAAGGCGAUGUAAAAGCUUUACAGCUCAAAUGACCUGUCAGGGAGAAAACUCACAGGCUGUAAGCUGCAAUACUCAUCCAUGUUCUCCUACAGUUGCUCCGAUAACUUAUCCACCAAAAAUUACUUUAGGCUUACCAAACAGGUGCCCUGAUCCUGAAAAGCCACUGAAUGGUUACUUCAAGAUCAUUGACCAAGAUGGCUCUUACUUUGUAACCUAUUAUUGCAAAAAAUAUUACUUUCUACAUGGACCAAAGUUGCGCCAUUGUGAAAGUGAUGGCACAUGGUCUGAUUAUGUACCAUACUGUCUGCCUAAAUGUGGAGAGUCUAAGUUAACUCACACAAAUGUACAACUUCAGCGAUUAAGAAUAUUUGGGGGUGGUACAUCAACUCCUGGUUUAUGGCCAUGGCAGGUGGCACUGAUAGUGAAUGGCUUUUUUCACUGUGGUGGAUCUCUCAUUGCCGAAGACUUGGUAGUGACAGCUGCUCACUGCAUCUUUCAAAGGAAAACAAGGAAAUUCCACUCAAACAUUACUGUUCGCCUGGGAGUUCACGAUAUAUCAUCAGAACCUCAAGAUCCUAACAUCCAAAGCAUUGACAGCAAAGAAAUCAUUCCACAUCCUAGUUUUAACUGGAGGACGUUUGACUCAGAUCUAGCCUUAGUAAAACUCAGAUGGAAGGCUAACAUAACUGACUAUGUGCGCCCUGUGUGUUUACCAAAUAAACAGCAACGUCGAAAAGUUCGCCCAGGUGCUUUGGGUGUGAUGUUAGGGUGGGGUCUCACAGAGGAUGACAAUCCAACCACAGAGUUACAACAAGUGUACAUGCCAGUAGUUGAGCACUCUCGAUGCCAAAAGGCUUAUGAGAAAGAACGUUGGCCUGUUACUUCUAACAUGAUAUGUGCAGGUUAUGCUGGUAAUUCUAAAGACUCUUGUAAGCGUGAUAGUGGAGGAGGCUUUCUAUUUAAGGAUUCCAAAGGAAACAAGAAAAAAUGGUUUUUGGGAGGGAUUAUAAGCUGGGGAAACCCCAGAUGUGGAACUCCUGGAAAGUACAGUGUUUUCACUCAAAUAAAUGGUAGAUUUUUAAGGUGGAUCAAAAAUUAUAUUUACAAUUGAAAUUUGCUCAUUUAUCAAUGCAGCAUUUGAGUAUUUAAAAGAUAUUAUUCAAACACAAAGUUAUAAAGGAAAAAAAAUAAUAAAAGUUUUAUUGGCAAACCACCAAAGCCUCCAUCCCUGCAGGCAUUCUCUUAUAACAUUUCAUACUAUAAACUUAUUGUCAGUGUUACAAAAGGCAGUCUAACCAAAUAAAAAAUGUUAAGAAACAUAGGUCCCAAAAUAUAAUUGGCUUUUCCCUACAGUUGUAUUUAAUAUUAGUCUUUCCAAAGCAACUGUUCUAGAUUCUUGCUACAAUCACGUCUCUUCUACACAACUGCUUGUUUAGCUCAAAAGGUAAUAUAAUCAUAUAAGCAGUACAGUGUACCAAAAGAACCAAUCCUCAAAGCUUGCCAAUAAAACCAACUUUUGCCAGAUGAGUUGUAAUUAGUCACAAAAAUGUUUCAAUUUUUUAUAUGAAUUUUAACUUUGCGGGAAGUAAUUCAUACAAUCAAGGGUUUACCAGUAUUCAAAAACUUACAGUUUAAGGGAAUAUACAAAAGUGAAAAGAAAGUGCAUAAGAAAAGAACUUAACGAGUGAUGAGCUGGCCCAUUGUGUGGUUCAUGAAAAUGACUACAGGUCCACUCCAUGAAGGCCACAAUUUAAAAAAGGGGGCUCAAACCAAAAGAAUAACCCUCCUGUAGGGCUGUCACAAGGGGCCGGCUACUACAAACAUGACCCCUUGCUACUUGAAAGAAAACAAAAAGGAAAAUACUAGCCUGCAUAGCAGGCGUUAUAGUGUUCGCCCAUCCUUUCUUGCACCCAUUUAUUCCUAGCGCCUGCUAUGCAGGCUAGGAAAAUACAUGUACCCGUAGAACCAAAAGAAUUAAUCCUAAACUGUUCAAUUACCACCUUGCUAAUUGCGUGUACCUUAGGAGAGUAGUUUGAUUUCUGCAACAACAAAAUACACUAAAACGAUAAUUUGACAAAUAUGUGGCCAAUACAGUUAGCUGAGGCGGGCACAUAACUGAAUAACAUGUCACAUUGAUGAGAUUUGACAACAUAAUAUGAUGUGUGAAAAGUUUGAGACCUGAGAAUUUUGGUUUUGGAAGGCUAGCAUAAAAAGGAUAAUAGUUCGUAAAACACUAUGAUCUUACUGGUUUCAAUCACCAACACCCUCCUUGGAUUACCCAGCCCAGUACCCUACAUAUGGACUAUGCGAGGAUGUGCAGCUCAGUGUACUUUUUGCCUUGUUCACUCCAUGAUCUUUUCUCUUCCGCAGACAGCUUUAUUGUAUACUCUGGAACAGGGUUUAUUUUCCCCCAGCAUCACUAUCACACAUCAGAUGAGAAAUUCUGCUUUCCCCAUUGUCUUGUCACUGUACAACAGACAGGAUACCUUGUGCUUUGUGGAAUGUGCUAUUCUCAAGUAGGCCAUUUCGUAAAACAUGCUGAUGAAAAAGGAUGUAAAAUGAUUUGAUUCCGCAUUAGAAUAAUUGCUCAAAAUUAGCCAUAUGUUCAUGUAUGGAUUCAUUUUGACCUGGAGAAUCAUUAAACACAGGGCCAUUUAGCAAUUUUUUUUUAUCUAGCUAAGGAUUGCAAACUUACUUUUUUUGUUAGUUUAUUAUAUGGGAGAUGUGCAAAUAAUGAGUAACAGAAGGAAGUGCCAACCCCUGGAAAGGGAUAGGCAAAACUUAAUUCAUUGCAACUACACAUCAGCUUCUUCCAGUAGUGUAUUAAUAAUUUUCUCAAUACAGUAGAACCUUUGCCUUUGUUAACUCAAACUCCCCAACAACUUUUAAGAACUAACUCUACUUUCCCCUUUUUUUCAGUUUUCAAUGCAUUUCAACCAGCCAACUGUAACUUUGACCAAGUGAAACCGUUUUUUGUUUCCUUUUUGUUUGAGUUGGUAGGGUAUAUGUAUUCCUUUGCAGAGGGUGUAAGAGGGUUUCUCAUUCACAACAUACAGUCAUACAGUCAGGGCACAAUUUAAGUGGUGUCUUAUAUCUGGGGUUAUAGAGAGGAGAGGUCAUUACGUCACGUUGCCAUGGUAGCAACACUUUUGGAUGACAAAUAACCGAAAAUGUCACUUAAAAAGUGGAUUCGCACAGCUUCAAACUUCAUCGAUCUUAUUCAAUUUCAUUUCAUUAGAAAAAUGUUGGCAGAAUUUUCUAGGGUUGAAUCCGAAAGGACUGUAUCUAAGUUUAGAAGAGGAAAAAGACAACUUUUGUGUUGUGUUCACCGACUCCAUAAAGCAAGAAUGUGAAGUUUCAUGUUGCAGGGGUGCAACAACGGCAAAGAAACAUACAAAAUAGCGUGAUGCACGUGAAAAUUUGUUGUUUUGUCAAUAAAAACCUUUUAUUUUUUUGCUCUUCUUCCGUUGCCAUCGUGGUUGAUUUUGCUAUCAUCCAGAAAUAGUGCUACCAUGGUGACGUGACAUCAUACUUCUCCUCUCUAUUAACCAUUUUCAUUAAUCCCACUUCAGGGCCAAUUGAAAGGUGGAAAACAGUAUUCACUUGAUAAAUCUCUAUCCAGUGGAUAACGCAAAUUGCUUUCCCUAAUGAUUUUUCUGUCAAUAGUGAUUUAUCUGGUGGAUAUAAGCGCUAUCCAGCAUUGAAUAUCAGGGUCAACCACAGCAUGUUAAUGACUUAUUUAUCACCACCCCCAGGAAUUUGCCCAAUCUCGUCCCAAGGGUUCCCUCCUAUCCCUCCCUAUGGAGUGACAGAGAGACCCAUAGCUAAAAAAUUAUAUACUCUUUCAAGAUUCUGUUUACGUCCUUUCAUUUGAACAAUCAACCUGAGUCCAGGUGAUGUAUUCUCUCUAUACAUCUUUUCUGCGCCCUUUUGAACUGCAGAGUCGUGGUCUUAGAACACAUACAUUUGUUUUCUUAAGUGGCCUCCACAACACAGAAAUGGCAAUUCAAAUCUAGUGCGUUUCAGUAUGAAUACUACUACCUAUAUACCAAACAUUUUUGGAGAAAAAAGCGUCCCCAAUAGAUUAACAUCCAAUCGAACGAUUAAAGUUGUGCUUUUCGCUGUCAAAUAUUUUGUGCAUUAUUUUCAGUGCUAGAUGUCAGGUCAGGUACACAGUUUCAUGUGUGCACUUCCACUGACCUGUCUAUGCUCUUUAGAGACAAACCUCACACUUAUCUGCCCCUCCCCCAAAUUGUUUGUUUGUAAUCUCCCAGAUUCUGGGAGACACAUGACCAGACCCAACCAGCGUCUCUCGACAAGUAGGAGAGAGAAUCUGGGAACAAGAUUAGUCUUGAACAUGACCUGCUACCUUUACUGGUCAGUAUAACACACGGACUGCGGACUGCGGACUGCGGACUACGGACUGGGUAUAAAAUACGGACUAGGUGUAAAACGCGGACUGGAAAAUACGGACUGGGUAUAAAACAUGGACAAGGUAUAAAACGCGGACUGCCGACUACGGACUGGGUAUAAAAUACGAACUACAGACUACCCACUUUCCCAUUUUGGUCUGGAAUCGGGUAUGGUUUUCGAGAGAACUACGGGAGCGUACAUGAAUGGACGUAUUUAUCGUUUCAAUUCCUAGUGAAAUGCAUUUGGAGAAUGUUUUUGUCUCUGCUCUAACUUAGUAAUGAUGACAUAAUUUCUGCCUAAUUAGACCUAACCUGUUCCAGCCUCCGAGAUAGUUGGGUCCACUGAAUUGGGAAAGCGAAAACACGAAAAUAAAACGGGAGAAAAGGGAGUCUCCCCAACUAUCUGAGAGCCUGGAACAGGCUAAAUUAGGCCAGGUCCGAAAAUGGGUAUGGAUUUUAGAGAUCUGGUCUGAAAACAGGUGUGGAAAAUGACAUUUUUUGGUCUGCAAGAAGGUCAGGAUUCGGAGAACCGGGCACAACACCCCCACCAAGAAUUCCCAGUAGUACCCCCCUCUGGGAUCAGGAGCAGAGUGUAAAUCAUGUCAUCAUAAUCAUCGCUUAGAAUAUACAGUUGGAUGACUCAUUUCGGUUAUUAUUCACGUACGUGAGUAAUCCCUCACCCCUAAAUACUGCUUUUGUGCAUCGCGGAAUGCCCUACAUUGAGCUUCUCAUCUGAGUUCUUCAUUCAGUCCUCAUAUUCCCAAGGCUUUAUUUGAAACGGAAUUGUGGCAUCCGAUAAGAAUUUUACUGAUCUGACAAACACCAAUAAUAUUUUUUUUAAUUCGGUGCUUCUUAUUGGUUUAAAACUGCAAAUUGAAAUCUCUUCUAACUCCUUCUUUUUAUAAAAUUCAGAGUAUAAUUUCAGUUGCCUUGAGUACUGGCAUAACCUUCCUUCUCCUUGGGAAGAAUAGACUACGUGAACAGCCAAGGGAAUGUUAAAGCUGGGACUACUGUUUUUGCUAGUCUGUUUUCCACUUCUCUCAGUUUUACUUUCUAAAGAUGUUUUUAUACGCAUUUCAUAUCUAGUCCUUGUUUUAUACUCAGUCCGUAGUCCUCAUUUUAUACCUAGUCCGUGUUUUAUACUCAGUCCGGAGUCCUCAUUUUAUACCUAGUCCGUAUUUUAUACCCAGUCCGCAGUCCGUGGUCCGCAGCCCGCAGUCCAUCUUUUAUACUGACCGCUACCUUUACCCCUGAGUUAACUUUUGAGUUUAAACAAUGUGUCCUAGGUUUGGUUGAAAAACGUUCCAUGUGGAGAAAUGUGAGGACUGUCGGGAAGUCAGGUGGGAGUUGCACUUUCCCUGGCCACAAGGGAGAGACCAAGUUUCUUAAUUUGCUUGGCGCAUUUUAUCUAAAUUGUCUAAAGGACGUAAAAUUUCAUUCAUUUGCAGAUUUCGCCCCCUUACUUCGCGUUGGUCAAGUCGUAAACUCUCUUUGCCCGUCUACGGAGGAGAAUUGUUCAUCCUAGCUAUGCUAUCGUGAUCUUUUCUCUGGUGUCGAUAGCAAAUAAACAACCAAUGACCAGCGGCUAAAUCGUAUUUUUCUAAGCGCUGCACUUUAUCUCGUUCUCAGUCUCCCUAGUCUCCACUCAUUUUGAAGAACACCAUCUCCCAGAAAUUUUUGGCGGUAUGAAAAGUCGUAUGAAAACAUUUGUAUUCGUCGUGUUCAUGUUUGAAUUUUACUGCAUUUCAGUUUUGUAAUGGAUUCCCCCCUUAACUGGGUAAGUCUCGUCUAACCUACAUGCAGUUCCGACAUUGCAUGACUUCACAACAAACCUUCGUUCACUUGUCAAAAAUUGUCAAAUAUGUUAAAGUAAUAGUGUCUUCAUGCAUGGUUGAACAAAAAUGUAUAUAUUUUCUAUGGAAUUUUAUGGCAAAGAAGCAAGCACUUCAACAAGGAAAUCAAUUUUUUUCAAGUGUGUAGAGAUAAAUGGCUCUGCUGUCUUCACUUCAUUUUUUUUUUUUUUGUAGUUGAUGAAUUAGAUUUAGUUGACUGAAAUUGAGAACACUGCUUAUGUUCAUGCACAAUUCCCUUCUGUCUUUGUGCAUCCUCGGAGACCCAGGGACAGAUAGUGGGGGCGAGGGAAAGUCUAAACAGGCGGGAAAAUAUGGCACAAGAGAAAAGUAAAGAACGGUGAGAAGAGCCCCUGGGGACAAUGUCUUACCAGACCAGUUCCAAACGGUCGCCGCCGUUCUGUCUUCUGAUUGGUGCCAGAAAACUUGUGUUUUUCUGGCACCAAUCAGAAGACAGAACGGCGUCGACCGUUUGGAACUGGUCUGGUACAGAGAUUCCAACCCUCCCGAUUUGAUCGGGAGUCUCCCGAUUUGAUGUCUUGCCUCCCGCUCUCCCGAUUUUUACCAAAUUCUCCCGAUUUAUUAUAAAAUUCUGAAAACUAGGGAAAAAUUGCUAAUCUUUAGAAUUUUUGGCGAUCUGUCACUGUGAAACACUCAUAUUAUACUUACUUUCUUCGCGAAGAGCAUUAUGGUAUGUUAUAACUCAGGCCGGAAUGAUGUCAAAAUUCAGGAAAUGGCACUUGAGAGAACCUAAAUUUGCAAAAUUUCCCAGGGGCAUGCCCCCUGACCCCCCUAGAAGCUCGCACCUUUGGCACUAAUAAUUACUCCCUAUUUUCCAUCACAUGGGGUUGGAAUCUCUGCUGGUAAGACAUUGUCCCCAGGGGCUCUUCUCGCCGUUCUUUUCUUUUCUUCGUGACAUAUUUUUCCGCCCGUUUAGACUUUCCCUUGCCCCCACUAUCUGCCCCUGGGUCUCCGAGGAUGGUCUUUGUGAGCGUCACAUAAAUGAUAAUUUUUUUUUACAAUCUUAACUUAUGAAUGACCCAGUCAAAUUCUAAGCACAGUUCAUGAGUCAAUUCCUGCCCCAGCCCCUCCCUUCAGACAAACCCCCACCCCAAACCACAUUAGUAUUUUCCUUUUUAUUUGUCUUUCUUGUCUUGGCUUAGCCUCCCAUGCAAACAGUCUUUAACAGUUAUUGAAUAAGGCUGAGUAUGAUGUGAAGAAUUAUGCAGAUCAAAGAGAAUGUUAUUGGCCAAAUGCAAGGUGAAUAACAGCUGCCAAGAUCAGCAUUUAUAACUAUUCACGUUAUACAAAAGCUGAUUUCAUGAUGUUGAUAAGACUGAGUGGAGUCCAAUUCCGGCUGUAAUCAUAUUUCGAGUGAUAAACAAGAUCGGACGACCACUUAGUUUGCCUGUGUGCAGACGUCUCCUAUUUCCUUUGUUGCACGCGGAAAAGGGAUGUCUGCGUAACGCCGUCGCUAAUCGUGUUCCAGCGUCCUGCUGGGUUCCCAAGAUCUUGGGAACACGCUGUGAUAGGCUGACACACAGUGCGCAUUGUUUGACUUAACGCUGAUUGGUUGUUAUCGAAUGUGGUCUGAUAAUGUAUGCGGUGAUUUAAAUGAUUUAUGUAAGCGGGGUUUUCUAACCAAAACAAAUCAAAACAUGUGCGAUUGUGUGCUGUGUUUUUCGUCGAUCGAAAAGCAGAGCGAUCGAAAUCUUGUACGGGGACGCGGAAAAUUUAACGUGUACGAGGAAAUUAUUUCUUUACAAUUUGCUGUGUAUGACACAUCACAUCGUAUUUGUAAACAGUGUCUGAGAAAACUACAAAAGCAGCGUGGACUUCUCACCAGGCAGGCAUUUCGGAGAAAGCCAGCCAAAGAAACUAAAAUCUUUAUUUAGCCGUAACAAACAGAGGUCAAGAAAAUUUAAACACUUUACAACUGCAUCUGAAAUCAAAUCCUAUCAGGAACAUCCACAGAAGCAUAAACCACAGGAAAUGAUUACUCAGUAUGCAUGUAACAAACCUGCUUCAUGACCUCUAAAUGGAACACUUAAAUGAGAUUUACUGAGUCAAAGGUUAGAAUGCUACAUGCACUGUGUAGUGCUAAUAAUCUUCGCGCGAGAGAGAAAAGAAGAAAAACCUCUGUUCAAGCAGACUCUCAAGGUCACGUUUCGCCCGUAUCACGAGCUUAUGAUGUUUUGUUUGGCCUGUCAACUCUUUAUAUUUCUAACCGGAUAUUAUUUCACAAUUUAUGCGAAAUAGAAUACCCUGCCAGCGGGACGCUGGAACACGAUUAGCGACGGCGUUACGCAGACGUCCCUUUUCCGCGUGCAACAAAGGAAAUAGGAGACGUCUGCACGCAAGCAACCACUUAGUGGGAUGUCUGAUUUGUUUAAUCAUGAGUAUGAAGUAUGAUCACAGACUGAAUUGGACGACAUGAAGUUCUGUUACCAAUUAAUCAUAACUAUAACAAAAUUUAUGAUAUUUUAGGUUUUUUUAAAUGAAAAAAAUAAAUUUAGAGAGAUUUUUAGCCAGCAGUAAAAACAAAGGCCAUGUAAAGGCCUGUGCGCGUACUGUCCAAUUACUUAGACAUGAGAUGUACUGUCCCAUUACACUGUCCUAUUAGUGCUAAUCAGGGCAGUCGAUAGCCAAUCAUAUUUGGCAAUUUUGUUAUAGUUAUGAUGAAACAAGUUAUUGUUUUUUUAUUCAUUCAAAAUACUUCUGAAAAUAGCAGAGGCCUCGGAGAGUGGGCACAGCUGCAACUGACAGAUGCUGACAUGUAAGCACUAAAUUCGUAGGCUUGCAGUUCAUUAUUUUAUUCUGUAACUGCUGCAGCUGCAAUAUAUUAUUUCACUUUUAAUUGUUUGUAAACUUUUCUGCUCAACUGUUUUUCCAGGAAGCAAUAAAUGACUCAUGAUAUUGUUCAUUCACUGACAAUCGUGUAUUUUGUGUAGGCACAUCAACAGGACAGAAAAGCUGAAGCAUUGGUCAAUAACAAGAAAUUUGCUGAUGCAAUAGUGUGCCACCAAAAGGCAUCAGGUAGAGUCUGGCACUCCUUGCCUUUUACUUGUGGUCACUACUCCAGUAACCAAUUCCCCAUUAAUUUUUUACAGUUCUUUCUCAAAAAACACUUUGUAUGCCCCCCCCCCCCCCCAAAUUUAUCAUAACCAUUGUUACCAAUACCAAAAGAAAUGCUAAAUUAUGCAAAAAUUUCGGACGUAAACAAAGUUCAGUUUCAUGGCAAACCAAAAAUAGUUCAAAAUGAACCCUGUGAUUCUCACAAUGACUAUUCUAAAUGCAUUUAAUUUUUAUCCCAAGCCAUGGAAAUACUUUUGUCUGUAAAUUCCUUUUAAGAUUUUGGGCAAAAUUCAAAGGAAAGAUUCAUUCUAUUAAAUGUUGAAUGUAACUAAAUGCAAUCUCAGCUAAUGAGGUAAUGCUGGCCAGCAAGAUAUUAGCAAGGGAACAGCUUCACACUGGCCCUUGGGAAUCAAUACUGAAGUUUCUCUGUUGCUCAUGUCUUUCAUGAAGUGUUCAGCUGGGCCCAACCCAGCCCUCCCCUGGGUUAGUAUUUGGUUAGCAUGUGAAGUUUCCACUGGUAGUGAAACAAUGCAGCAGUAUGUGGGUAGAUGCCACUCUCAGGGUUGUCAUGGUUACAUGCUGCACUUGGUAGUAGUUCUUGGCUACUCCAGCUUUCAGGCACCUCCUCCCACACACAUCUUUGCUGAUGAGUUUCAUGUUUUGUUCUAUUUUUAUUGAUUUUUUUCAUUUUGAUAUGUUUCAGAGUUUCUUCAAGAAGCAAUGAAGAUGACUCAGGUCAAACAGGUAUUGAACAUAAUAAAUUACAGUCAAACCAGGUCAAGCAUUCCCGUCGCUAACGAACUAAUGAAUUCAUUCACGGAAAAAUGAUUUCGUUUGUUGAUUCAAUAAUCCAUUCAUAAAAUGAACAAUCCAAUAGUCAUAUUUACCCUCGAUUUCAUAAUCGAAUGUUGAUUCGAUUACUGUUUUUUGAAAAUUACACUUUCCACAAGUUGACCUCAGAAUUUUGUGUUUUCCUCUUUUUUUUUCCUGAGAGUCGAGAGCUGGCGAGUUCCGAAGUUCAAACCCAAACAAACUGUUACAUGUAUGCCAGUUUGCUGCCAGUAAUCAGUGCAACAGACCUAGGCCUGACCUCUUAGAAAACACGACGGUCAAACUGAGGUCAGUGUAUGUGCGGUGAUUGGUGGAUUUCGAUCCUCGGCCUUUGUCAGUUUCUUUGUGUUUGCGGUCUGUCUAUUCUAGCUGUUAUUUUGAUUAAAGGCAAUGAAAAAUGCAAUCGUAAACGGCAGGAAAAGGGAAGCAAAUACGAUUGAACACAACAGACAAGAAUAAAGAACAGGUAGAUUUUGUUCAUAAACCAAAUCAACAUUUGAUUAUUGAAUCGAGGUACAAUUUGACUGUUGGAUUAUUCAUUUUAUGAAUGGAUUAUUGAAUCAACAAACAAAAUCAUUUUUCCAUUAAUGAAUUCAUUAGUUUGUUAGCGACGGGAAUGCUUGACCUGGUUUGACUGUAAUUAUAAAUUAUGUAACAAGGGAAAGAUGUUCCUUUAGUUAGUGAAACGGAUAAAAAAAAGAAAAAGUAAGUUUUCCUUGUAAGGUUUGGACCCACAGCUGUAUUACCUUCUGGCAGCGUGCAAAGAAAGACCCAAGAAAGUAGUGUCCAGUAGCAUGGGGCUGGUGGAUUUUGCUAUCGGGCUAGUGAAUUCUGUUUUUAACUUGCCCAACAGGCAAGUGAAGUUUUGAGGAAUUCGAAUAACAGAAGAACUGUGAAAUCAAUUCUGCUGGUCAAAGAGUUUUUGGGGCUAGUUAUAAUAAUAAUAAUAAUAAUAAUAAUAAUAUUUAUAGAGGGAGCCCAACUCACCAAGGCGGUUUUCAGUGGCACCCUCAUGCAUUAAUCUAGCUAAUUAAUUAAUAAUUACGAAAAAAGUAAAAUAUGUUUACAAGUAAAACAAAUUUAAAAAUUUAAAAUCUUUAAAUCGAUUAUACAAAAAAAAAAUAUCAAGGUUUAAAAUUAGCUGAGAUCUUUUAAAAAAGUUUUUAACUUGGAUUUAAAAAUAGAUAAAAUAUUACACUCUUUUAAAUCAUUUGGGAGGCUGUUCCAGUCUUUCGCGGCGUGAAAAAUAAAAGUUUGUUUACCCCAGUUUGUUCUGGGUAGGGGUAAGCGAAUAUCAUUAGAGCGUCUUGUAUUAUCUGAAUGAACAGCUUGACUUUUAGUAAAAUUAAAGUUGAAAUCGGUUUCUCCAAUAAGACACUUGUGGAUUGCAAUGCAGCGAUGAAAAAACCUUCUCGUGGACAGUGACUUCAAAUCUAGACUUUUCAGUGCUUCAGUUGACGAGCUUCAGGGUGGUUGCCCCAGCAUAACGUUAGCAGCUUUAUUCUGUAGAAUCUGUAAUUCUGACAUGAUGGUGUCAUUGUUCUUGUCCCCCCAUAUAACGUCUCCGUAAUCAAAAGAGGGAGGAUUAGGGCAUUGUACAAGGCAACUCUAGCUUGUAGCGGCAAUACUUUCCUGAUUCUUCUCUUUAAGGACCGUGUGGCUAUAUUUUAUACACUGUUCAGUUUGGAUCUCUACCUGUUAAGAAAAUAUAAAUUGGCAAAUCAGAAGGCUGAAAAAAGGUUGCCAGGAAAACAUUACAAUACAAAAUCUCACCGCAUUUGUUGUGUUUAAAAGUUUCCUAACAAUGAAAUCAGUUGAUUUCAUAUCCAAGUGGAUGUGUGGUAGAUAGAUCUCCUCAAGAAAAAAGUAAACCAUUGCAGCGAAGAAUAAAACAUUUUUUGAUGCAGGAAGUAAUGAAUGCGAUUUUUUAAUGAUGCUGAAGUUUAAACCGCUAGGAUGCAACAGCUUUGCAAUAUUGAAGCAUCACGUCUCCACUGAAUUCAAGGAAUGUUGUAGAUCCAAAUCGGCUUAUGUGCUAUGAUCCAGACCAGAAGGUCCAGACCAAUAAUAUUGUUUUAUUUUAGUAGUCCUAUCUUUGUGCAAAAUUGUAAUCUUUUGCUCCUGGAAGGCUAGCAUAACUGGUGUGUUCCGCUUAGCCUAAUGCUGGUAACUGACAAUGGCGGACACAUUUCUUGUUUCUGGUAACAGUUUUCAUUCUUUGCGGUUUCCUGCAGUUUCGAGGGUGGAAAUGAAAAUUUAUGAGAGAUCGUUGCAAGCUCUCCCUUUCUUUCCCCGCCCCGCGCACUUGCGUCACCGUUCGCAUGCUGCUCUUGCAUGACUUCUCACCACUGCCCCAAAUGGAGAGCUUGCUCGCAGGCUACUUUUUUGUACAAUAUUCUUGAUAUUUUGUGUGAUAUGAUGUUUUAUUGUUUUUAUUGUCUCUUUUAAUAACAGUAACAUUUAUUAUUUGUAUUGCGCCUUUUCUAUAAAAUAUUCAAAGCGCAUCACAAUAGUAAUUAAUAACUAAAUUUUACAAAUCUUUCUAUCAAAAUCUCAAAAAAAUAUUUACAUUAAAUGAGUAAAAGAUAAUUACAAAUAAAGAUAUAGAUAUACUAAGAUAACUGAAAUGAUUCCUUAAAUAAAAAUGUCUUAAUUAAAGUCUUAAAAGAUUCUAAGUUCGUUGCUUCGCACGCGGACCUUGGCAGCUUAUUCCAUAGGAAAGGAGCAGCUACCUGGAAAGCUCUGUCUCCCAAUGUUUUCUUGGUUUUGGCACUUGGUCUUUCCAACAAACGAUCAUUGUUGUUGUGCCUCAAAUGGUAGGACGAAGGCUGUUGAAUACUAAUUAAAUCUGAAAGGCUUAAUAACAGGAAGCUAAAAUGUUUCUACCUAGAAAGAAAUGUUCAGUUAACUGAUAUUACAAGUGUAAUUCUCUUACCCUUUGUUUCUAGGCACUGGUGUCACUGCAAUUACAGUUGAACAAUCACUGUCGACAGCAAAGAAUUUUAAAAGAAAAAUGGAAGAAUUGUGCAAUUGAGCAAGAAAAAGAAAAACAAAAGCAAGAGCAGGCAAGGUUAUUACAAGAGCAACAAAAUAGAAAAAAGACUGAAAAGGAACUUCCAUUAAAAGCGACAGUUAAAAACAGUUUAGAUCUGGUUGAUGGCAAAAAGGGGACAGAAUGUUCAGAAUCAAGCAGUUUAGUGAUAUCAGCGGAAAACUUCUCUGUGUCAUCAACUAGCUCUGCAUCUGACUGUGCAGCUUCUAAAGAUGAGAAAUUGACCAUACAGGAUCUCAAAGGACAAGUCAGUGACCUUCAAAUGCAAGUGCUCUCUCUUAGUCAAAACUUGGAGGACUGCAAUAGAGAAAACUCACGAUUAAAGAAAGCUUUAGAAAAUGUGCGUGAAUUUGUCCGGUGUAAGUUUGGGUAUGAACUUGAGGGUGAUUUGUUUGACUUGAAGAGCCCUCGUAUCUCUGAAUCACAGGACUUCACAAGUUCAGACAUACAUGUAAAAAUGGUUAAAUCUGGAAGCCAAACAUCAUUACAUGAGGACAUCAAGGUGGAAAAUGUACAAGAUGAGAUGGGCAAUGAUAGUGAUAUUGAUGAAGACAUUCCUUUGCCUCCACUAGAAUCUCCACAGUUUAUUUUAUGAACAGUACAGUGGAAAAUUCAGUCACUUAUUAGUGAAUGGAGUUUAGCAUUUGAACUUAAUAUAAAACAUACAGAGUGAAAUCCAAAAAAAAUCCCU